AUGUCCACCCCCGGAAACUCCAUUGCAGUGAUCGGCGCCGGAUCCGUCGGCUCAGCUGUUGCAUUCUCCCUCCUCCUACGCCAAGUCGUCCCAGACGUCGUCCUCAUCGACAUCGACGAUGAUAUGUGCAAAGCUCAAGUCCAAGACCUUUCUGACGCAACAUUCCUCUCAAACGUACGCAUCCGUCAAGGCAAGCUCGCCGAUGCGCAACAGGCUGCCAUCAUCAUCAUUACUGCCGGCGCGAAGCAGAAACCAGGUGACACACGCCUCGAUCUGAUUGAUCGGAACUUGAAGAUUCUGAAAUCUAUCCUGAGCUCACUGCAGCCCAUUCGGAAAGAUGCAAUCUUGUUGAUUGUUGCCAAUCCGGUGGAUAUUCUUACUUUAUUCGCGCAGAAGUUCUCAGGAUUGCCGAAGAGUCAGGUGCUUGGUUCGGGAACAUUGUUGGAUUCUAUCAGACUCAAGAGGAUUCUUGCAAGUAGGCUGAAUGUUGCAGAUACCUCCAUCCACGCUUUCGUGAUCGGAGAGCAUGGCGAUUCUCAAUGUGUGGCCUGGUCCACGGCCACUGUCCACGGCACACCCCUCCUCAAAGUCCUCCCAUUGACUGAUGUCGAGCGUGACGAGAUUGCCACCACGACACGCAUGAAAGCCGAGACCAUCAUCCGAAUUAAAGGGUUCACUUCGUACGGAGUGGCAGCUGUAUCUGCCCGGAUCUGCGAGGCCAUCAUCUUCGAUCAUCGACAAGUCUUACCGCUCAGUCACUGGCGUGAAGAAUUCGGUUGCUGUCUCAGCUUGCCCGCUGUUCUGGGUCGGGAUGGAAUUAUUUCGUCGUUUCCAAUUCAUUUGAAGGAGACGGAGCAAAAAUUCCUUGAGGCAUCGGCGGAGAGUUUGAAGAACGUCAUUUCGGGCUAUGCGGACGAGUUGUAG